AUGAGCCACACCCCCAUCUCGCAACAAGGGCAUCCUCAGCAUCCUCAUCACCACUAUCAACACGUCCAGUUUACAUGUCCAACCCUUUCGCUCCCUGCGGCACCCCAACAAACUCCCGCAAUGUCUCACAUCAUGGUGUGGCGCGGCGCUGGCCAGGAAGACGGUCUGACAGGCUUCUGGCACCACGGCAUCCUGUGCCCGGACGGGUCUGUCAUCCACUACUCUGGCAUGAACGGGGUGAAGACGCUGCACAACGCUUCGAUAAUGCGCACCUCUCUCUCUGAGUUCGACGGCGCCUCAGGCCGUGCCGUGCACACGGUCACAUACGAUGCGGCCGAGCAUGCGCGUGUGUACGCGCACGCGGAUGUCGUGCGCCGCGCAGAGUCGCGCCUGGGGCACAGCCGCUACCACCUCCUCUUCGAGAACUGCGAGAGCUUUGCCAGGUGGUGCGUAGUCGGGAGCGAGGUCAGCUUUCAGGGACAGGGCGUCGUCAUGGGCGCCGCCGCGGGCGUCGGGAGCCUCGUGUUUGGCGGAGGAUUGCUCGGCGCCGCGCUUACGUUCGUCGUCGUGCACAAGUUCUGGGACCGCAGAGCGAAUACGAGCAGUGGAAGGGAGUCAGCUGCUAAUUUCGAUAGCGAUGCGGAUAGUCACGAUGGGAGAGGAUGACUGCCGUCUUUUUUUUUCCCCGCAAGCCCGCUUGGACAAGCUAUGCAACUUCAGUACGGCGUAUCGAGACAUCUAACACUUAGUACUGCCGGUUUGUCAACAGCAGUUUCGUACACAGUUGACAUACCGCCACUGAGCCUCGCAUCCAGUGAGCUGACAAUAGUUGACAGCCUCUUCAAGCUGCACUUUGAUCCCUCGCCGCACUUUGCUCCCUCACAGCUCUAAGCACCCACGUCGGACAACUCCUAUCCAAUCAGGGGUUAUCCCUCGAGGCCAUGGCACUGCUUGCCGCGUUGCCAAAGACUGUUACAGAAAGACCCAGAUAUUCCACAGCCCGACAUCUGCAGCCGCAAAAGCAAGUCGAGCCAUACGCGAACACGGACUGCUUGCUUGCAGUAUCCACUGAAAAAAAGGGUAAGGAAGCUUCAAGCUGCCACUCUCAACAUGUGCCUGUACGGACAGCGUAUGUGGAUAACAAACGCAAGGUAAGUCGCCAGGGCGGCUGUGGUCCGCCAUAUAAAAUACAAAAACACUCUUUCCCA